AAAUCAAAUCAUCUCCCACAUUGUCCUAAGACAUAAACAAACAAUUCUGUGUCAGUUUACGACCGGAAUGUCAAGAUCAAGCUCUUCCGGGGUCGACCUUUUCGGAAGAAACAUCUCUCAGUCCCAGUUCAGCUCACUUCCAGAAAAUGGCCUCCUCUGCUGUUGCCGGUGGAUCGGCGGAGAGCUUACUCGAGUCCUUCUUCCUGGUGCUCGUGUACGGGUUCGUGAUGUUCCGGGGUUCGAAGUUAGCUAACGAGGGCAGGCAGGCCUUGCUCAAGAUAUUCACUCCGGGCAUCACGAGUGCUAUGUUCUUGAGUCUCGCCAGCUCUCUGCCUACUGCUAUUGUCAUCCUCGUGUCGGGACUUCGGGGGAGCAAAUCGAGUGCACAAGAUCAAAUCUUCAUUGGUAUGGGCUCCCUCGCUGGUUCGACCAUCAUGUUGCUCACACUUCUGUGGGGAUCUUGCAUCAUAGCCCACAUAAAAAAUGGUUACGCAGUUAAAACUGACUCUGAGGUGAGUCACACCGCAAGGAUCAUGAUUAUAUCAGCCCUUCCAUUCAUAAUCGUCCAAUUACUCUUGGUGCUUCGGAGAAACAUCCAAGUUCGACUACUGAUCUUGAUUUCGAUGAUUGUUUCCAUGGCCCUAUUCAUCUCUUACGGCCUAUAUCAGAUCUUCUCCCCUUGGAUUCAGGGUAGAAGACUGGCCUUUGUGCACCACAAUGACGUGAUAUCCCUGGGAAUUCCCGGUGUUCAUGGACUCGAUAGGCUUCUCUCAGACAGUGGUGAACCGAACGUCGAAGCCUUGCACAAGUUGUUUAAAGCGCUGGACAGUGAUUCAGAUGGGCUGCUCUCAGCCGCGGAACUCCGAGCCCUCAUCUUAGGAGUCCAGUUUGAAGAGAUAGAUCUGGGAAUCGACGAGCCUUUGAGGAAACAUUUGAAAGACAAGAUAGUGGACGAGAAUUCUAAGAUGGACAAGGAUGAGUUCAUCAGUUUCAUGUCCAAAUGGCUCGAGGAUUCGAGGCAUUCGCUACUCAAUUUGAAGCGCCUGGGUGAUGGAGUUAUUGCAGCAAUAAAGUUCAAGCACUUGCUUCUGCAUAGACGGCGCAUUACUCUGCUGAGCGGCCAAUCAGAUGGGGCUGGAGGUUCAGGUCACAGCACGACGACCCAUAGUCCACUAAUCCAGUCAAGAGAUGAGGUUGUGAUCCCGAUCAAGAACCCGAUAUCGAGGGCCACCGUAGCUGCUCUUAAGCUGCUUUGGGGAGCACUGAUUGUUGCUGCCUCUGCAUAUCCGCUCGUGGAUGUUGUUGACAACUUUUCGGCUGAAUCAAGCAUACCUUCGUUCUCUGUCUCAUUUGUGGUGACCCCUUUAGCUUGCUACAGCUGGAUUUGGUCAGCUCUGCUCCUCGCCGGGAAGAAGAAGACUCGGAUGUUGUCUCUAACAUUCUCAGAGAUUUAUGAGGCGGUAACUGUGAACAACACAUUCUGCUUCGCGGUGUUCUUGGCUAUUGUUUAUGCUCGGGACCUGACAUGGAAGUUCUCUUCUGAGGCAUUAGUGACUCUAGUUGUCACCAUUCUCGUCGGUCUUAUAGCCGGUUUCAAGACGGAUUUCCCACUUUGGACAUCCAUAUCAGCCUAUGUACUCUACCCGUUGUCAUUGGCUCUGGCGUAUCUCCUCAGUUAUGUUCUCGGCUUCUCGUAGGUGUAGCAGGCCAUUGAAGGAGAAGGGACGACAAUAGCAGAUCGAAUCAAAGUUUUGAACUUCAGCAGAACGCUUACAUACAGGAAGUAGGCAGUGCCUCAGGUUAUCAUUCCCCACCCCCCCGCAAGCAAGUUGUCAUGUAUUAUUCCUCGAUUUGUAGGACAAUGUCGUUGAACCAAGAAAUUGUAUGUCAGUGAUUCUUCAAUUUAACUUGGUACCGACAUGAUUUUUCUAGAUAAAA